GAAUGGAAAAAAAUAGAAAAAAUAUGUAAAAUGAAAUUUGCUUAAAAUUUUUUAAAACGUAUAAAAAGAAUUCAGAACGCUAAUCAAAACCUUCCAUCGUGCUAAAAACGUUUCGCUCAUCACUGCCGCUCACGACCGCCGUUCGCCGCUAGCUUCUCACAACCGCCGUCCACCGCUAGCUUCUCACAACCGCCGUCAGCCGCCAGACUCUCUCAAUUGCGUUCGCUGCUCACAAACAUCGCCCCCCUGGUUUCCGUUCGCAUUAAGGAGAGGCAUCAUUUCCUUCAAGAGAUGAAAAUCUUGGAGGCCAAUGUUUCUGCACUUACAAAUUUUGAGGUCCUUGAUUUCAUACGAGGUAAAGGAGCUUCAAAAGAUCCAACACGGGUUAUUGCCAAAGUAGCAAUGUCCGAAUACAAGGUUUACGAUUAUUUGGUUAAUACUGCAGCUGGUUGUCAAACAAGGGAGAACGUCAAAGAGUAUUUGACAAGUAUUAAACAGCAUGAGCUGUCAGAGGCUGAGGUUCUCAAUGUAUUAAACAUCAGACCAGCUGCUGAAGUUGAAUUAUUUCAUAUCAUAGAGGAUUGCACAGUCCGUUUUCCAGAUGAAGAGAUAGCUGAAAUAGUAGAACUGGUAGAAAAAACAUUGCCAGCACCAUCUAACAAAGAGACAUCAAAAGAAAUCUCUGAGGGUGAAGAAGAAACUGAAACAGAGAAACAUGAAAACGUUAAUGAGAUUAGUCAAGAUCAAACUGAAGAUGGAGAACAAAUGGACACAAGUUGAGGUCUAAUCUUAACUUCAAUAGUUUAUGACUAGCACUAGAGGAUCUCAUUUAGGUUGUUAGGUGAAAAAGUUGAAUUGGUGAAAUGAUUUUUAUAUGAAGAUAGAGUAAGUCCUGUGGUCGUGUUACUUUUACAAGAAACUUUAGGAAUUCAAUUGCUGGCUUUGCUUACUCUAAUAUCAAAAGUUUCUUAAAUUUUUUUAAA